AUGCAUCGGUAUCAGGGCCUCCUUCCUUGGUCUAUUUUGCUGGCUUCACUUGGAGGAGCAGAGGCGAAGCUGGACUUGAACUCGACCAGCAACAUCGUUGUUUAUUGGGGUCAAAACUCUUUCAAUGGAAAGGGGGACAAACUACAGCAGCCUCUGGCACACUACUGCGAUAAUGAUGACAUUGAUGUGAUACCAAUUGCCUUCAACAUGAUGAUCAAUGGCCCAGGAGGUGCUCCAGAGAUUGAUUUCUCUGUCACCAGCAAGGAGUGCGAUGUCUUCGAGGGCACCCAAUUGAAGAACUGUCCUUCAAUUGCCAAGGACAUCAAGACGUGCCAGAAGAAGGACAAGACGAUUCUUCUUUCAAUCGGUGGAGCCACCUACAGCGAAGGGGGCUUCAAGUCUGAAGAAGAUGCCAAGGACGGUGCGAAGCUGAUGUGGGAGACUUUUGGCCCCAAGAAAGAGAGUUCGAAAGCUCUUCGUCCCUUCGGUGACGCCGCCUUGGAUGGGUUCGACUUCGACUUUGAGGCCAAUGUCCAACACAUGGCCCCCUUCGCCAACGAGCUGCGCUCGCUGAUGGAGGCUGAUAAGAGCAAGCAGAAGUUCUACUUGACAGCAGCACCGCAAUGCCCCUAUCCCGAUCAGGCAGACAAAGAGAUCCUCAACGGUCCUGUCUACAUCGACGCUAUCUGGGUCCAGUUCUAUAACAACUAUUGCGGCGUCAACAACUUCAACACCGACAGCUCAAGCAGCAAAUACAACUUCGAAGAGUGGGACAACUGGGCUAAGACGGUGUCAAAUAACAAAGAUGUGAAGGUCAUUGUCGGCGUGCCAGCAUUUACUUCUGCAGCUAGCACGGGGUACAUUCCCGCGUCUGAGUUGGCAAAGGUGAUUGAAUACACGAAAAGGUUCAAGAGCUUUGGGGGUGUUAUGAUGUGGGAUGCCACACAGGCAUACGGCAAUGAUGGGUUUAUCGAGGACGUCCGAAAAAGCCUAGGCCCUGCGAAUGAUUCCGGUUCGUCGUCGCUCGAUCCGGUGUCAACCUCGGCAUCUACCUCUACGUCCACUGACUCAACGAAGACAACCACGGCAACCACGACGGUGACCUCGACGACGACGCCGUCUUCCAAUGCACCCGACUCCUCACCCUCGUCUUCCUCCUCCUCAUCUGCUUCUGCUUCGCAAGAGGCAGCUGAAGAAACCACCAACACCAAGGAACAGAAGCCCAACCCGACUACUUUCACCACCACAACAGCAAAGCCCAAGUCUGAUGAUACCGAGGCAAAGCCGACUCUUGCUGCAACAACAACAACAGCAAAGCCCAAGUCUGAGGAUACCGAGGCAAAGCCAACCGCAAAGCCUAAGGCCUCCACAACUACAUCUGCUGAGACAACUACGGCUCCUGCCUCAAAUGCUAGCCCGCCGGAUGAGGAUCAGUCGAGUGAGGAUGACUCGCAGAGCAACGACGAUAAUCACUCGAGUGAGAAUGACACGCAGAGCAACGGCGAUAAUUCAGGCGGUGAAUCAAAUGACGUAUCGGAUGAUAAUACUAUCAAAUCUGUCACCGGCAUCGACCUUCUUAGUUUACUAAGUGGCCUCCGUGACGCGAACAAGGCUGCUAGCGGCCUCCUCAAGAAUCUAAACAGCAAUCUCCAACAUGCUCAGCGCAACCGUACCUGA